CUUGAAGAUGUCUUCAAUCAGUUCUUAAAUACAGUUGAGUACCUUGAUAAUUUAUAUACUUUCCUACUGGAUUGCUCCUGAUUCUUUAGUGUAUUUAAUUUGAUUUUAUUGUGAUAUUUCAGUUUAACAGUUUAUCAUUUCAUCUAACCCACAAACAGUAUUGCAUUUUCAUGUCAUCCAUGUAUGCUGAAAAUCAAACAGACGAACCAGAAGACCCUGUUUUUACAUCAUUGGUUACAUCUGUAUUAAAGCUACAAAAUGAAAAUAAAACAUCCAAAGAAGCCAUCAAAAAGCUGGAGGAUGAAUAUAAAAAGGAGAAAAGAAAGAUAGAAGAAGAAAAGAUUUUGAACAAAGAAAUUUUUGAAGAAGUUGCAAAUUUAGAAAUAGAAAAGUCCAAAGCUCAAGAAGAGCUUGAAAAACUUAUCAAUCACAACAAAAUGCUUCGUGAAACCUGCAGUGGGAGCUGUCAAAAUUUAACUCACAGUGCUAAUGAAGUUAUGGUUAAACUGAAGGAAAUAAUAAACUGCUCUACCACAAUGAAAGACACUCUUAGUAGAAUAAAUCAACGAUUGGUAAAAGACGGGCCUGAAACUAAAACGACUGGGGUUAACACUGACUUAAGUGGUGAUGACUAUGCCGGUGUAACCGUUCAAUCAGAUAUCCCAUCUUAUAAAGACAAUGUCAUCGAAGUUUUAACAAAUUCAAAUUUUGAUUUGGAAAGGCAAAUUGAAGCAAUCACUCAAAAAUUCAUUCCAAGUGAUAGUAUGCUUGUACUCGUUGAUGAAUGGAGGGAAUUGAGACUUCAAGCUAAUCGAAUGAAAAAAACCAUGGAUUCCGCUAUUAACUUUGCUAAGUAAAAAAGAUACAAUCAAAUUUCAACUCUUCAUGACUUCCAUUUCAUAUCUAUUUCUCCUCGAUUGACCCUCAGUGAUAUGUUUCUCUCUACCUCAUUCUUAUACUCAAUUUUCGUUCCUUUCUCUCGAGCUGUUUUUCUCGUGAUUUUCAAAACCUACUUUACUCUCAACACAAAAUCUGCAAUUAAAAUCAACGUGUCAUUAGCUUGUCAUAUAUUGUUUCUAAUAUUUCUAACCUUUGUUCACUUAACAAUUUGGUAGUAUCUAAAAUGGUAGUUUCCGUGCAUCAA